UACAGUGAUCAUUUCAAUUGGUAACACUUUCCCUCCAAGGUUCACCACUUCACACCCUCCAUAUCGUCGAUCGUCUGCAGUGAAUUGAUCUGUUCUCAUCCUCUAUAUCGUCUGCAGGGUUUAGGGCUUUUGUAAUUCCAAGAACGGGGUUUCUUCUUACACUCAUGUACGAGAUAUAGGAUCGUAAUGAACACAACACAUACUACAAGGUAUCGUUGAAAAAUAUAUAUGAAGAAAUGCAGAUAAUACGAGAACCCCGGGGAAGUGCUACAAUGUGGUACUAAUAUCUGGAUCACUGAGUCUCAAAUUUGUCCAAUGGAGGAACUGAAAAGCCAAAAUCUGGAACAGGCAAAGCGGAUAAAGGAUCUUCUGGAGUACCAACAGUUACAAAUUAGAAAGAUUAACGAGUAUACAAUAUCCAAUCUAGAAGAGAUCGCUACAAUUAAAGAGUAUGAAGAACUCUUCGAGGAACUUCUUGUAGACCAACCUAGAGAGGGGAUAGCUUUAAAGCUUGUUGGUUAUCUUCCAGAAGAGCCUUUUUUGUAUUGUAUUGAGCCCAAGGAUGAGGCUAAAGAAAUGCAUGCUAAAUUUCAGGAGUUGAUAUGUAGUUCCUGGCACCCUUUUAAAGUUUCUGACAUUAAUGGAGAACCGAAGCGAGUGUUUAUUGAUGACGAUAAAGAACUGGGAAAGCUUAAAGCACUUGGUGACAAAGGGGAUGCGGUUAUUGAAGCGGUUAAAACUGUCAAGACAGAAUUACAAGAGUACAAUUCAAGUGGAGAUUAUGGAGUAUUUAAGAUCUGGAAUUUCAAGGAAAAAAGACGAGCAACAGCAGAGGAGUGCUGCAAAGCUGUAACGAAAAUGUUAAGGGUGCGUACUAUUAAGUCGUCUAGGUAUGACGAGAGGCUGAUCUAUCAAGUUAUUCAUGCUCACCUACAGCUCGACAUCACCUCAGCGGAUAAGAUAGCACUUCUAUUACUAUCGGGGACACUAGGAGCACACAAUGCAGACCUAGUUCGUCCCUUGUUUUGUGCUGUUGUCGAAGGAGCGGGCGACAUGAAAGAAGCAGUAUCAAAGCGUCUUCAAUAUUUCAAGUGUUUGUUACUAGAUGACAAAGUAUUUAGUAGUGCACUGCUUAAAUUGAUAGAAGAAACGUGGCUCCUGGGUGAGGUUGCAACAGGUCGUCAACUUUUUGGUGCACUAUUUGAAUUUACAAGUGAGGCAAUGGUGAGCAAUGACAGUAUUGCGGACUGGUCUAAUCAGAUUGAUGAGCCGAGGCUCGCAGAGCUGGUUGAAAAGUUCUUGAAGCUUAUGAGCAAAUAUUGAAAAUGUUGUAUUCGCCUGAUUUUGUAGAUUGACACUUGAGGAUUGGGAAAAGGAUGUGGGGCUGCAGAAGAUGAGAUCUGAAGGUUGUAAUAACUGGUUUGAGCUUCUUUUUUUCUUUUUCCUUUUUUUGGUUGAUAAAUAUACUGUUCGGGCUAAAAUACAGGCGGAUGGGAAAAAUUUUAUCACCCCAUAUGAGAAUGGUGAAGCACUAACCUUCUUUAAAACCUUCCUGCGGUACAGGCAAUUAAAGUUCCUGAUUGAAGAAUAAAAAUCAGGGUAUGGACCUCGGCUGAAUUGCUGUCUCCCUAAAGAUGUAUUUGGGAUAUAUGCAUCUCCACUUCUGGGUAGCCAAACAACUUACUAGUAUACUUGUACAGAAGGAUUCUUGAUACAGUGAUGAUACUCGUACUGUCUUAAUUGCUAAGCUUUCAAUUUAUUUUCAAUAUACAUGUUACUUGCCUAA